AUGUGGUUUUAUGGAGAAAAUGGACCAAUAAAGAUGUACACAAAUCGAAAAUCUUUCAUUCUAAAGCUACUAGCAGCGACAUGCGUGGUAUAUUUAUGCAUCCACGUCCUAACCAACACUGCUGUGCCCGUCAUCAGGGAAAUGCAAGAAUCGGGACGAAAUCUAGCCGCAUUGGGAUCCGGAAAUUUAGAUAAUUCUGUCCUCGAUGAAGAAAAUUUCAAAUUGUUGCCUGUGCCAGAAUCUACGGACCAUCUACUGCCAGCCAAAAAUGAAGUCAAAAUUAUACCUAGUGCUACAACUCUUAGCGCUCUGAAUGAAGUGCGAGAAGUCACUAGAUGUACAGACAGGCAGUUGGAGCCGAAAAUUCAACAACGCGGAGAUUAUUGGGUCUUAUACAACUAUGUCAGAGCGACAAAAUCGCAUAAGUGCCACGAAAGUAUAACCUACACUACCCAUGCGGACUACUCGUUCAUGGAUAACUUGGUGCCAUUAUUGGAACGAUGGCAGGGACCGAUCAGCAUCGCCCUCCACGCUCCUGGAACUGAUUUCGAAAAUACUCUCGAAUCCAUAGCCUACCUGAGGGACUGCACGAGUCCCAAAGUAAAGGAACUGGUCACUUUUCAUAUUUAUUUUAGCACUAAGCACGUACCCAAAGAGGUUCCUAAACACGACAACAUCUUCACCGAGUCCUACAACUGUUCGUCGGUGCCCCCGUUCAUGAACGUGUCCAGUGAAAACAUGUAUAAGGCACAAAAGAAGUUGUUAUAUCCUGUAAACGUAGGCAGAAACGUUGCUCGAGAAACUGCGCAGACUAAUUUCAUGCUAGCGUCCGAUAUCGAACUGUAUCCUAGUCCUAACAUAAUUGAGAAGUUCCUAGCCAUGAUUGCUGAAAACACAGAUCCUUUACUUAGCAAGGAGCAUAAGGUGUUUCCACUCCACAUAUUCGAAGUAAGUGCCAACCAACAAGUUCCAGAUAACAAAACGAUGUUAAUGGACAUGUUAUCGAAAGGAACUGCCAUACCUUUUCACAAAAAACUGUGCCCGGGCUGCCAUACGGUGCCCAAAGCCAAAGAAUGGCAAACCGCUAAAGAGACAGCCGGUGUUCACGUUUUCCACGUGGGCAAAAGGACUGGGUAUUACGUCCAUUGGGAGCCGAUUUUUAUCGGAUCGCACGCUGAUCCUCUCUACGAUGAGAGGCUUAGUUGGGAAGGCAAAAUGGACAAGAUGACUCAGGGUUACGCUCUGUGUGUCAUGGACUACGAUUUCAUGAUUCUGGACAACGCUUUCUUAGUUCACAAACCAGGUAUCAAAAUUUACAAAAAGGACCCCAGACGAGCCAUGUUGGCAGGGAAAACCCAUCAACUGAUCAACAAAAUUAUUUAUCCAGAACUUAAAGUCCUAUACGGGGUGAGAAAAGGCUGUGCAGUGUAAAAAUUAACAAACAAAAAACUUGUGCGAAAAAAUAAAGACCAAAAAUUGUAAAUAAAUAAUUCCUGGUCCAAAAUAGGUUCAUAGUCCGGGAUAGGUUUAGUAUUUUUUUCGUAAUAACAGUGUUAUUUGGACUAUAUGGAAAAAUACUUUAUACACACUUUUAUACUUUCACCUUUCGUAAAAUCAAUGGCGUAAUCAAAUGAAAUCCGGAUUUUUUUCAGGACUGUGAUCGUAAAUAGUCCAGAAAGUAUUUUGAAUGCAUUGCAAUCCUUUCGAAUAAUGUUCUGGUUACGCUACUGAACUUACUUGUAUAUUAUAUUAUUGUGAUCUACUUUGUAUUUAUUUUUACAUUCAAAUUAUAAGUGAGCACGCUGUAGCUUUAAAAGUGUAAUAAUAUUAUAUUCUCAGUAUAAAUUUGUAUAUUUAGUAGGUACAUCUUUUGUGAGAUUGCUACUAAAUUGUUAUUGUGUCAAAGAAAUAUGCUUGAAUUGUCUGACAUUCAUUUGGUUAAAAACUUAUUAGAAAUAUAUAAAAAUGGUUGCUUGUAUAAUUUGUUCAAAUUCAUCUUAGUAUCAGAUUAAAUAGUUUAAAGGUUUUGAAAUGGUAGGAAAUUUAUUGGGAUUUAUUUUUAUAAAUAGCGGAUAUGAAAAAUAACAGUUAAUGACGUUGUAAAUAAAUCUUAUGACUAAAGUGAAUUUGACAAAGUUGUAAUUAAAAUUACGAAAUAUUUUUCGUGAUCGUAAAUCAUAUAUAAACAAAAUAUUGUUCAUUUUAAUUACUUAUAUAAAUUCGUUUCUGUUUCACAGAAUUUUCAUACAUACAAAUAUCUAAUUCCUUUUUGGCAGAUCGUAUGACAAGGGAAAUAUUUUUACACUCAUCCUGACUGAUAAGUAGAUUUAUUUUAUAGAAGAAUUCACCCUUCAUAGACUCUCUCAUUUUAUUUAUUCAUGUGUGACAUUAAUUUAUUCGAUCAUCAAUUAAAUUUAUAGAAUGGGAUAUUACUUGGUUAGCCUAACAAAUAAGUGAAAAUCUGAGGCAACUAAAUCAAGUGAAUAGAUACAGUGGUCGUGCAAGCAAUUCAUAUUUUAAAGAUUAGCUGCUGACAACAAACUAACGGAUGGUAUUCACAAACUUGCACGCACCAUCUAAAUAAAUGCUAAUCAAUUAUUAUCUCAUACCUGUAAGAUUAAGUAAGAUGUUUCAACCUACCCAGUGGUCUUCACUAGGUGAAUUAAAUCACCUUAAUAAUGACAAUCACAUUAUUUACCUGCACAGGGUGUUACACGUUCGCAGUCAUUACUUUUCAGGGAUGAAACAAUCCGGGUUUCUUCUGAAUAAGCUCACAAAUGGAAACCAAAAAUUGGAUAUUUAGAAUAUAUCAUUCAUUUUUGAGAUUUCUAGAAUGACUUCAUAAUAACGUAUUAAACAAUUCAAAUUACGUCACUUUAAAUAGACGAUUGUCAAAACAACAAAAGUGAGUAAUUUGUGACAACAACGCUUUUAAUUGUAAAUGUGGUAUUAAAUCUUAAACGAUUCAAAGAAAGUAUUAAAUGUGAGUGCAUAUUAUUAAUAAAACUAAGAGUACAUAAUAUUUCGCUUUAAGAAAUUCUUGAAAAUUCUAAAGGGGGGCAAAUGAAACAUGUUCCACUUAGAUUGUCAAAAACAGUAUUAAAAUUGAUUUAAUACCUCAUUCUGUUACAGUUCAUUUACGGCAAUUUAAUAUCUACGAUUUAUACUUGACAAUAACAGAUUAUAUCUUUAUGAUUUUACCAGCCCAUAGCUUAUCGAAAAAUAAAGGUAUUUAUCCGAUAAAACAUAUACAGAGUAUUUAAGUUUUUUUUUAAUAGUUUUUUAUUACUAUAAGUCUGUGACCGAUUAUGAGAUGUCUUUCAGACAUGUUACAGUUGAUCCAGAAAUUCCAGAAGCGUACUCACAGGGCAAUUCGAUUAGUUUUCGGCACAAUAAAAUAUUGCCCAGUAGAUUUUUUGAAUUUUUCAUAAUUUUUUUAAUUAAACUACCUAAAAUACAACUUUUUUGUUUCUUAAAUUUUUUCCAUACCUUUAUUUUCGAGGAAAAAAUUAAAACUAACCAUUUUACACGCCACUGAAUACCUUAACCCUGUAAAUCAAAAAAUAAACUAUCAGUUGGUGAAAUUAUGACGUUAUAAGUAUAUUGUCAAAUUAUCCCUAAAAUUAAUGAUUGCAAAAUAAAACACCCAGUAUUGGAAACAUUAAGAAAUAAGGUUGAAAGAACACCGAAAUUUCUCCUCUUAGAUUAAAUACAUACUUUUCUAGAUAGCGACACUCUGUAUAUUUUAUAUUUGUGCCAAUAGAAGUGGAGACUUAUUCGCAAACAAAUCAGUAAAAUGUGAUACCACUACUUACCCCUAAUAUUAUGCAGGGGGUUUUUAUGAAAAAAAAAAAAAAAAAAGAAUAGUAUGGUCUCUUAUUUAUUUUAAACUUAUGUGCCGUUUUUUUAUCAGUAUUUAUGCUUUAAAAUGAAUCCACUCUGUAUAAUAUUUGGAUCCAGUCGUACGGAAUGUAACGAAUAAUUUUUUUUAUCAAGCAUCGAUUCAUCCUGUAUAUAUUCAUAAUCAGAGCUGGGUAGUAUUAAUCUAAUGUACAAUUAAUAGUUUUAUUUUUUAUUUGGUAUUCAAAUGUGUAAAAAUUUAGCUAUGUGCUGGCCGCUAGUUUCAACCACUGUCCUAAUUAUUAUUCCACGAACCUUUCAAAGAACUUAUUUUUUCUGUAUUCUUUAAUACAUUCUGGCAGUUUUACAGCUCUGCUCAUAAUCGGGUUUCAUAUUUUUAUAUUACGAUAUAUGAACGCUCAAUAUAUCUCUAUCCUUUGGGUCAAGACAUUCGAAAUCGGUCGAAAUAAUUGUUUUUGGUCCCUUUCGAAUGAAUUGGCCUGUACGCCUUAAAUGUAAAUGACAGUGGAGGGUUUGGGGCGUCAGAACCCCCCCCCCCCCACAUGGAGUGUCAUCGUGAUACCAUUUCCGAUAUAGUAUUGGCACUGAUCACUAUUGACUGUUUGUUUUUAUUAUUUUUCUUGAUGGAACCCCCCCCCCCCCCAAUAGUUCUCAAAAACCCCUACCAUGAAAAAUGGCUGGCUACGCCACUGGUAUAUGAUGUUUAUAAAAAAUCGAUUUUAUGUACAGAUAUUUCAAAUGAUAGAAUCAAACUCGAGUUUUAUAAACAUCUUAUCUUUGUGUAAGUAUGUAUGAAGUAAGCGUAUUUUUAUUUGAUUUGCUCAUUUAGGUAUACGGGGUGUGUACGAAAAUAUUACCCGUCUUGUAUUUUAAGUUACUUAUAAACUAUUUAAUUUUUAGUCAAUUUUCGUACUUAUAUUUGUAUUUUAAGUAAUUUAUUGAUAUUUUUUUUUAUUUGUUAAGAGAAAAAAAAUCGUCUCCUUACUGUAUUUUUACCAUUUAACGUGCCUUAUACUGAUUCCAUAUAUUAUGAUGAAAAUUGUAUUAUAGAAAAUAAUUUUUGUACUAUAUACGAAAAGGUGUUCUGCAAAUACAUAAAUAUAC